CGGCGGAGGAGCGCAGCACGGAGGAGGCGGAGCGAGAGGAGUAGAGCUCAACCGAGCUCUGAACAGAUCGAGCAUAGCCCGUUCUGAAGCAGCGCAUGAGCAUGACAGGAAGACGAGGAGGAAACAUGACAGCAGCUCUGAUUCUAUGCACAUUGUGCAUUGCAGCAGGAAUACCUUCAGCAUUGAGUACUAAGCAGCCCGAGAACUGGGACUGGUUCCCUGGACACGGAGGAGGCUACACUCCUCCCAGCGGCGGGGACUCGCCACCGCUCUUCCCUGCUCCUGAAUACCCCCCCGACUCCCCACCUUUGGAUGGUCCUCCUCUCGAUCCAACUCCCCCAGUAGAUGGAGGAUCUCCCCCUUACGAUGGUGGCUCUCCUCCCUAUGACGGUGGUUCCCCGCCUUACGAUGGUGGCUCUCCCCCUUACGAUGGAGGCUCUCCUCCCUAUGACGGCGGCUCCCCACCUUACGAUGGUGGCUCUCCCCCUUACGAUGGUGGCUCUCCUCCUUAUGAUGGUGGCUCGCCUCCUUACGAUGGUGGAUCUCCUCCCUAUGGAGGUGGCUCUCCCCCUUACGACGGUGGCUCUCCCCCUUACGAUGGUGGUUCUCCCCCUUACGACGGCGGUUCUCCUCCUUAUGAUGGUGGAUCUCCCCCAUACGACGGUGGAUCUCCCCCUUAUGACGGAGGUUCUCCUCCCUAUGAUGGUGGUAUCCCACCCAUCGGCAGUGACUCUCCCCCUUACUACGUCGAUCCCCCAACAUACCCUGUCGAUCCUCCCACCGAAGAACCCAUUCCAUGGGCUGCAGGCUGCACAGCCAGCUACUGGGCUUCAACCGCCGAGAAGUGGCCGGAGAUGUACACUGAGUCUUCGACUGUAGGUGAUGCUUUCGGCAAGGAAGCAACUGCGCACUAUGGAGAUGUCACGCUCCUUGACGCCCUGCUGGUCACCGGGAAGGACGGAUACUCUUCACUGAUGAAGCACGGCGUUGCUUCCCUCUUCAACUCCCACAAGAUGGGAUUCCAGUACAGCACCGAGGAAGUGAAGACGCAGUUCAACGGAGCCAUGUCGUCCGAGGAAGCAGCUGCCGUCCAGGCAAUGAAAUUCGAGAACGCCAACAAGGGUUACAACGUUUAGUUCUGCGGCUUAUCCUUCUCUCACGCUAAAAUCUCGAGCUACUUUUCUAGCUCACGGUCAAAUGAUGGAUCCUAUAGUAUAUUCAUAAUCCCCUCAGGGAUCGCGGUCUUGAGAUGUAUUGUAAUUCAAGUUAAUAAUGAAAAUGUGAUAUUUCAUCAUCC